AUGCCGGAAUUUCAAUGCCAUUUAUCCAAGAUAAGGCAACUCCUUCCUCGUAAAGAAUUGUAUGGAAGCCAAGACAACAACACCAGCAGGAUUGAGUCGAUCGACAUGGAUGAUCCUAAUGCAACAUUUGAGGAGAUCCAGAAAGAUCUCAAUUACAUCCACGAGGCCUGUCAUAAACUAAAGGGUUCAGCAGAGUGCGUCAAUAAAGAAAUCCAACAAUUGAUUCUCAAACGCUUGGACGAUGCCUUCAAAGAAAGAACAGAAGCACCAGAAAAUUCUUCCGGAAUUGACAAGCUUAAGAGUAUCCAGAAAGUUGUCUCAGAGACAAAGAAAAAUAUCUGUUCAUCCUCACAGCUCUCUCAAGAUAGUUUGCAUUCUGCAGGCCUUCAUCAUUCCAGCUUUUCUAUGGGAAAUCACCACAUCAAUCCUGAUAGCUCAAGUACGAACAAAAUUAAGAUGUUGUACAAUGAUCUAGAUGACACAAAAAAAUCGUGUUUGCUAUGUUUCUCUGUGUUCCCUGAAGAUGCAAUCAUAAAGAAGAAAGUUUUGAUCCAUUGGUGGGUUGGCGAGAGAUUUAUAGACUCACCGAAUAGUGAUGGUAAGACUGCAGAGGAGACUGGCAAUGAGUACUUCAAAUACUUCAUCAAAAACCGCAUCAUUGAACCUGUUCACAAAAAGCUCAGACAGAACUCAGAAAAUUGCAAGAUGCAUCCUUCAAUUCGUGCUGACAUAAUUAAGCUAGCAAGGGAAAAACAUUUUGUUAGUUUUGAUCAAAGGGGAAAUCCCACAGCUGAUUUCUUUUCCAGUAAGAGGGUGUGCCUAGUGAAAACUGAAGAAGGGUCUUCGCUUCACAAUUUGACUUAUAUUUAUCAUUAUUUGCCGCGAGAAGAGAUUGUAACAUUGUUUAAUGUAAACGAGCCUUAUCUUAGUUUCAGGGUGGACAGUUUUUCAAAGAUGAAGAACUUAAAAGUUCUACAGCUAGGAAGGUGGAAGGCCUCUGCUAAGCAACUUGUUGAAGUAGAGAACACUGAGUUCUUGAAAGGUUUGAAGAAAAUGAAAGAGCUUAGGUACUUUAGCCUUAGGGGAAUCUCUGGAAUUACUGAGCUUCCAAAUUCAAUUUGCAAGCUCAGUAAUCUAAGGAUACUGAACCUUAGUGGCUGUGAUAAUUUAGAGAAACUUCCUGAUGGAAUAGGCUCACUCAAGCAGCUGACACACUUAGACAUGUCUGAGUGUUACUUGAUUAGUCACAUGCCCAAGGGACUCACUUCUCUCUCGGAACUCGGAGUCCUUAAAGGGUUUGUGAUUGGUAAACAAAGGUCCAGGGGCCACUACUGCAAGCUUGCUGAUUUGGCGGUACUGCAACAUUUGAAGAAGUUGAGCAUUCAUGUAGAUAGAACAAGUGAUGAAGCUAAGAAAGAGCUGGAUUCUUUUCCACAAUUUAGAAACCUCCGGUCUUUAUCAGUAGCCUGGUCAAGUAUAUACAAUGCACCGAUUCCCACAACAACAAAUGUGACACUGGCAACAAUCCAUAGAAUUGUGAGUAAGGGAAAGUCAAUCAAAACACCAGGAUCUUCAUCACAACUUGUUGCUUUAGACAAACUAGGCCUCCAGAAUUUCCAUGGUUCUAAGAUGCCUGAUUGGCUUAAUCGCUUAAACCUGGAGGAACUUAAGAAACUCUACAUACGAGGAGGAGGAAUAUCUGACCUGCACCUUAUGGAGGGCCGCACAUGGCCCGUUAACUGUCUACGCUUGAAGUCCUUGAGUCAAUUGAGGAUGGAUUGGCAAGAACUGCAACCUUUGUUUCCAAACUUGGCUUAUGUGGAGAAAGUUAAAUGUCCUGAACUCAGUUCUUGGGAAUGUGAUGAGAAUGGAGAGUGGAUUCGACGUGAAGCAGAUACAGAUCAGGCUCAAGCAUCUUGCCACAUUUAG